GUUUCCGGAGAUUGACCGAGUACCUACAUUUGAAUGACAAUACGACUCAACAUCCUGCGGGGUCUCCUGAGUAUGACUGGCUUCACAAGAUACGCCCAUUGAUAGAGAUGACUCGGAGAAAUUUUCAGAGGUACAUGAAGCCUGGGCAGUGUCAGAGCAUGGACGAGGGGAUGAUACGCUACAAAGGGCAUUAUUUUGCAAAGCAGUAUACACCUUGCAAACCAAUCAAAAGAGGGAUGAAGGUCUGGAUGAGGUGUGAACCAAAUGGAUAUACCAAUGAUUAUAAAAUCUACUCGCGCAAGCAUGAUGAGAUGCAAGGGCAAUAUCUUGGAGAAAGAAUGGUUAAACAUUUAUCCAAGCCGCUGAAAUGGAAAGGACACCACCUUUUCUUUGAUAGGUACUUUACGUCAAUUCCAUUACUUCAGAAUCUUGGAGUUAAUGGUAUUUAUGCGUGUGGUACUAUCAACACAAAUUGCAAAGGCUUUCCAGAUGAACUUAAGAACCCAACUUUUAGUGGUCGUGGUGAUGCGGAACAACUGCAACAUGACAAUUUGGUUGCAACAGCCUGGAAAGAUGCAAAACCAGUUCAUAUUGUUUCAACCACAUCUGAUCCACGUGGGGAUGGACCAACACAUCGCCGAGUACCUGGAGGAGAGGUGAUCCUAAUACAACGACCACCAGCUAUUGCAGCUUACCAGGAAAAUUACUAUGGGGUAGAUCGUGUCAUGCAGUACCGUUAG